AUGGGAGUUGAGUCAAAACCAGUGUUCACGUACAACAAGCAGUUCCACAACGUCAUCGCUGUGAGCAAGGCUGACUACAAGAACUGCGACGUGACGAAGCCGACGGCCACCUGGUCCACGGGCAAGGACUCCGUCGUCCUCAACACCACCGGUCACCACUACUUCCUCUGCGGCUUCCCGGGCCACUGCGCCAUCGGGCAGAAGGUCGACGUCCCCGUGCUCUCCUCUGCUGCCCCUUCCACGGCACCCUCCAUGGCGCCCACUCCGUCCGCCGCUGGCGGUGGCUCCGCUGGCCGAGCUGCCGCAGCAGCGCCAUCGCCACACGGCAAUGCGGCGUCGACUGUCGGUUGCUCCUUCGCCCUGACGAUCGCCGCAUCCGUGCUGUCCGUGGCCGCUGCCAGCCUGAACCUGCUCUAGUCCCGGACUUCUGCGUCGAGGAUGUGUCGCGCCUUCUGAAUUGUGAGCUUGUGUUUGUCGCGCCCUCUGAAUAUUGAGCUAUUGGGUCAUCUGGAUCCUGUGUUUGUUAGGACUGUUCUGCCCUUUGUUUUCCAUACUCUUAUCUGUGGAUCUUGGUUUGCUUUGGGUAUUUAUGCCGCU